AUUCCCCUCAAUUUGCUCGUGCUGGCUACACUGCUGAUGUUAUAUAAGCCCGUGGUGACAGUCUUUGUUCAGUUGUUCUUAAGUUUGGAUGUAAUUUGUAACACGAUUUCAAUAUGAGUUCAAGUGAAGUUGUGAUUGUAUCGGCAGCUCGAACACCCAUAGGAUCAUUUUGUGGAUCCUUAUCAUCGUUGAAAGCAUCCGACUUAGGAGCUGCCGUCAUUAAAGAAACUCUAGCAAGAGCUAAUGUUAAUCCCAACGAAGUUUCUGAAGUCAUUUUUGGGGAGGUAUUACUUGCUGGGCAAGGUCAGAAUCCAGCAAGGCAAGCAGCUAUCAAAGCUGGCAUUCCUAUAUCUGUUCCUGCUCAUUUAGUUAAUAUGCUAUGUGCAUCUGGUUUAAGAGCAGUUAUAAGUGGUUAUUUAUCCGUAAAAGCUGGUGAAAGCCAAAUAGUUGUAAGUGGUGGUCAAGAAAGCAUGAGUCAAGCUCCACAUACGGUAUACCUUAGGAACGGUGUUAAAACGGGGGAUUGCAACUUGUCAGAUUCUUUAAUUUCAGAUGGCUUAACAGAUGUAUUCCAUGGUAUUCAUAUGGGAGUAACAGCGGAAAAUAUUGCUAAAGACUAUAAAAUAAGCAGGGAAGAACAAGAUGAAUACGCAGCUAAAUCUCAGCAAAAAGCACAAGUAGCAAUAAAUGCAGGAUAUUUCAAUAAAGAAAUGAUCCCUGUAACAGUGCCCAGUGCAAAAGGACCUAUUAUAGUAUCUAAAGAUGAAUAUCCUAGGCCUGGAAUAACUACUGAAAUACUUAAAGAGUUAAAACCAGCCUUUACAAAGACUGAUGGUACUGUCACUGUUGGCAAUUCUUCUGGCAUGAAUGAUGGAGCAGCAGCAGUAAUACUUAUGUCAGCAGCAACUGCAGCGAAAAGAGGACUGACUCCAUUAGGCACAAUAGUUGCAGUGGCUCAAGCAGGAGUGGAACCCAGAGUUAUGGGCACAGGUCCUAUUCCAGCAGUAGAGUUACUGUUGAAAAAAGCAAAUUGGAAAAAGGAAGAGGUGGAUUUAUAUGAAUUAAAUGAAGCUUUUGCAUCACAAGCAAUCUCAUGUGUCAGAACUCUUGGUUUGGACCCCUCUAAAGUUAAUACGCUUGGAGGAGCUAUUGCUUUAGGUCAUCCAAUUGGUGCAUCAGGCUCUAGGGUUUUAGUAACUUUAUUAUACGCCUUGGAAAGAACUGGAGGCAAAAAAGGUGUUGCAGCUUUAUGUGCUGGUGGUGGACUGGGAAUUGCUAUAGCUGUUGAAAGGAAAUAAUGAAUACUUAAGUUAAUUAGAAGUACUUGUGCUGCAAAGGUUGAAGUUUGCUAGUGCUUAAUCUCUUUACCAAUAAAUGAUUUCCACCUUCAAUUUUAAAAAAAUGGUAAAAACUGCAUUUGUAAUUCUGUACACAAUAUUACAUUGAUUUAUAUUUACUGUAUAAAAAUAUACUCCGAAAAUUAUAAACAUGAAGAUUUCAAGUUCAUUUAAACUAAUAAUCGGGAUAAAUGGACUCCCGUAUUGCGAAAAUUGUAGUUCAAUAGCUAAAAUAGAAAGAAGAGAAGGAGCAUUUUAUGAGAAGCCUACACAGAAUAUAAAAUACUUGAUUGCUGUUUGUUUAUUUACUAAUUUAUAGCAAUGGACAUCCUUUAAACAUCCUUUGAACAAUCUCUUAUAAUUGGAA